CUAGACCAUGUUCCAUGUUAGCCAUUUUACAAUCAGACUAAACAAACAUGAUUGUGUAAACCAAUUGGCUUGGAAUGUUUUUAAUGCCAAGUGUAUAGGGAUCAGAGUUUGACAAGGGGCUCAAGGCUGAAGUUGUUGAAGCCUGAAUGGUAGUUGAAAGCCUUGGUCUGUGAUUUACAUUUUGGGCACCCCUCGGGCCUCAGCCUCCCUAUAUAGGGACCAACACCCCCCAAGCUUCUUGUGGUCAAUUUCUUAAGUCUCAACAACUCUUCUCCGUUUGCUAAAUCUAGCAAUAACGCCAAGAAGCCCAAGUGCUGUUACAAUAUUUCUUAGUGUUUUGCUUUGCUUGGAAAAAGGAAAAAAUUAAUUAAAGACCACCAAGCAUGACUGCCUCCACAGCUAACGGCCGUGUCCUCAUCGUCGGAGCAACCGGCUUUAUUGGUCAGUUUGUGGCAGAGGCCAGCUUAGAUGCUGGUCGACGCACCUACGUUCUGGUCAGGCCAAGUUCCAAGAACAAAGUACCCAAAGCCCUUCAGGACAGAGGCGCCACAGUGUUACAUGGGUUGGCGCAUGACAAGGAAUCCAUGGAGAAACUGCUGAAAGAGCACCAGAUAGAGAUAGUGAUAUCAGCUGUGGGUGGUGAAAAAAUUCUGGACCAGCUCAGUUUAAUUGAAGCAAUCAAAGCUGCUGGUACAGUCAAGGUAGAGGAGGCAUUCAAUUUUUCAGCCGACUAAACUACUAGUUGUGUAGUAUUACUUUUGCCCUAAGCUUUC